AGUGGCGUCCUGGUCGCGCUGGACUCUGCUCCGCCAACUGCCCAAAAUCGAAAUUUUUGUGAAUGAAAUUCGCGAGCGAACUAAGCGAGUGAAUGAAUGUGUGAAUGAACACGGUGUCGCCAAAUAAUCGCGCAGUGAUUGCUUCAAAAAGUGCUGUACGAAUAAAUUACUCAUAUUAAUGAAUUCUCAAAUGAACUAGAGACUUUAAAAUUAAUUAAAGUACUUGCAAAAAUAUAUAAAUAGUAAAUCAAAAGUUCAAACAUUGGCAAAAUUAAUAAAUAAUAUAUCGAGAGUUGAAACAUUUUCGAAAGAAAACACUUAAAACCUAAUAAUCGACUGGAAUCUGGCAAAUCGAAUCAGCUGCAGCAAAUCAAACGAGUUAACGCAAUGCGGUCCUUCUUGUCGGCAGUCGGGAACGGCUAGUGCGGGUUGGAUAUCCUUGGUCCUGGCUGAGUGUGCGGCCAGAGCGUCCUGGCUUCGUUAAGUGAUUAAUCAUGCUCAUAUAUUUUCCAAGUGAAAUUCAAUUUGGACCGCAACGUCAGUGCAAGAACCACAACAGCCGUCCGGGCGACAGCAAAAUAUAAGGAACACAAAAAGGAAAAAUAAGGCACCGGAAUUUUCGAAGGACAUCGCCACGGGGCAACGGCAACAGGACGUGCAGCUGCGGCAUCGAUAGAGAGAGCGAGUAGAGGCAGGAGGCCCUGCAUCCGACGCUUGGCAGCCCGCCGGCGAGUCCUGCUGAAGGACAUGAAAAUGCGCUUCAUUAAUUUGGCUGGCAGCCGCGAACUGCAGCAGCAGGAGCAGCAACUGCCGGGGAAAUUGGAACAGGAACAGAAUCAGGCACAGGAACAGCAACUGAAACAGGGACUCGCGUCAGCUGCAGCGACACAGCACUGAGUUGCAAUGGUGGACGACAAUGGCUCGUCGCCGGAAGUGGAAGGAGCGGAAGGAGCCGGCGCGCCCCUCCUGGCGCUCCUCCGGGUGGAUGGGCUCAAUCAGACGCAGACCCGUUCUCCCUCGCCGUCGUUCUUCGGCAGCUACAACAUCUCCGAGGAUGUCUACUUCUACUUCAAUGGGCUGCCGACGAGCACGGAGCUCGUGCUGAACGCCACCACCUCCGCCACCAGCGCCACCUUGAGUCCUGCGAUGGUGGCAACAGGAGGUGGCGGCACCACCACGCCGGAACCCGAUCUCUCCGAGUUCCUGGAAGCGCUGCCCAACGACCGUGUAGGCCUGCUUGCCUUCCUCUUCCUGUUCUCCUUCGCCACGGUUUUCGGCAACUCACUGGUCAUCCUGGCCGUCAUCCGGGAGCGGUACUUGCACACGGCCACCAACUACUUCAUCACCAGCCUGGCCGUGGCCGACUGCUUGGUGGGCCUGGUGGUCAUGCCCUUCUCGGCGCUGUACGAGGUGCUGGAGAACACGUGGUUCUUUGGCACGGACUGGUGCGACAUCUGGCGGUCCCUGGACGUGCUCUUCAGCACCGCCUCCAUACUGAAUCUGUGCGUGAUCUCACUCGACCGCUACUGGGCCAUCACGGAUCCCUUCAGCUAUCCCAUGAGGAUGACGGUCAAGCGAGCGGCCGGACUGAUAGCCGCUGUAUGGAUCUGCUCCAGCGCCAUUAGCUUUCCGGCCAUUGUGUGGUGGCGAGCUGCGAGGGAUGGCGAGAUGCCCGCCUACAAGUGCACCUUCACUGAGCACCUAGGCUAUCUGGUCUUCUCGUCGACGAUAUCCUUCUACCUGCCGCUUCUAGUGAUGGUCUUCACCUACUGUCGCAUCUACAGGGCAGCCGUCAUCCAGACGAGAUCUCUUAAGAUUGGAACCAAGCAGGUGCUCAUGGCCUCCGGGGAACUGCAGCUCACAUUGCGCAUUCAUCGUGGUGGCACUACGCGGGAUCAGCAAAACCAGGUCUCCGGAGGAGGAGGUGGCGGAGGAGGAGGUGGCGGUGGCGGAGGAUCUCUGAGCCACUCGCACUCCCAUUCGCACCACCAUCAUCACAAUCACGGCGGUGGCACGACGACCUCCACGCCGGAGGAGCCGGAUGAUGAGCCGCUAUCCGCUCUGCAUAACAACGGACUGGCACGCCAUCGGCACAUGGGCAAGAACUUCUCGCUGUCCAGGAAACUGGCGAAGUUCGCCAAGGAGAAGAAAGCGGCCAAGACGCUGGGCAUCGUGAUGGGCGUGUUCAUCAUCUGUUGGCUGCCCUUCUUCGUGGUCAACCUGCUGUCUGGGUUCUGCAUCGAGUGCAUCGAGCACGAGGAGAUCGUCUCGGCAAUCGUCACCUGGCUCGGCUGGAUCAACUCCUGCAUGAAUCCUGUGAUUUACGCCUGCUGGAGCAGGGACUUUCGCAGGGCCUUUGUGCGUCUGCUGUGCAUGUGCUGUCCACGCAAGAUUCGCCGCAAGUACCAGCCCACGAUGCGUUCCAAAUCGCAGAGAUUCGCGACGCGGCGCUGCUACUCGACCUGCUCGCUGCACGGCAUUCAGCACGUGCGACACAACUCCUGCGAGCAGACCUACAUAUAGUUUAGCGUAGAUUUAGUUGACAAUGAUUAAGGCGCCGAGCCACGCCCCCUAGCGCCCUCCAUUUGUCCGUAAGUCAAUGGCAAGUGUCACGUGGCCGCUGCAAUGGUGGCCGCCUCCACCUCCUUCGGCUACCACUCGGUGAACCAGAUCGACCGGACGCUCAUGUGACGGCAGCUGAGCAGUUGCAGCACCUGCAGCGGGGGCAGCAACUGCGGCGGAUCACGGUCCGCCCAUCACCAGCACCACUCCUCGGGCACGGCCACGCCCUCGUCCUCGCAGCGAUCCUGCACUAGAUGCCAGAGCUUCCACCGCCACCACCACCGCUCCAGGCGCCGCAGCUCGGGGAUGCAGAUGCGCGGGGACUACAACUCCACCACGGCGGUGAACAGCGCUCUAGCCAAGACCAUAGUCACCAUCAGUGCUCCUCCGGUGGCGGCUGCCUCGGCCAGUUCGCUGCACCUGGGCGUCGGAGGACGUCCUUCCUCGGUGUCCACCCUGACGAUCGCUUCGGUGCCGCCCACCUUGAGUGGCAGUGGCAGUCCAGGAGGCUCUGUGAGCGGGGCCACUACUCCGCUGGCACCCAGUCUCAAGGCCCUGACCCCGGGACCCUCCAACUCGUCGGGUCACCACGUGUCCUUCAUGCCCAUGACGGGCAUGAAGCGGUUGCGCAGCUCGAACGCCUCGCUGGGAUCGCCCAAUGGAAUCAUCAGCACUGUGGCCGGAGCGGACACCACCUCGGCGCCCUCGCUGAUCGACGCCAGCGAGGAUCAGGUGCAGAUGCGGAACCAACACCGAAUCCUGGAGCAGUGCCAGAGUGUCCAGAGCCAAAUAACUACGCUGGGCGACGUGGAGGACGACGACGAGGAGGUCAGCGACAGUGAGAGCGAGAGCGUCGGACUCGCCCUGGUGGUGACCACGCCCCAACUGGAGAGCCAGCCCGUGGAGGCAUCGAGUUCCUCCAGCUCCUCGGUCAAGUAAACUCAGCAACAGAACCACGGAAACAAGCCCAGACAUUAGCUUUAAGAUUCAACCAUAUACAUAUGUGUGUUUAUCAGAAGCGGUGAUCGAUGGAAAGGCAAUACUUUGGACAGUUCUAAGCCAAUCAGAUUUUGAAUUCACUUUGUUGUCUAUUUAUUUUUUUACUAGCUCUUCAGGUUUCAAUAAGGAUAUGAACUGAAUUUUAUUAUCAUUUUGCCAGCAAAGAUUUGUGUAUGUAUGUAUGUUAUUUUUACCUUCAAGCGAAUCAAUAUAGCUCAAUCCGAAUUGCAAUUGGCUUAGAGGUGUCCAUUGAGUUUCGCCAGCCCAUUGGUCGACCCAUUCGAAGUGUGUACAUAGCAAUCUAGACUCGCCUAGCCACUCAUUAGCUUAUCGAUCGGUGAUAGAACACUAUGCAACAGGAAAUCCUCCCUAUAUCGACACCCAAAAACACGGGGUUGCAGUUGCAGUUGCAGGCGGUAGUUGCAUAGUGGGAUUAGUGUAACUGUUAGCUCUCAUAUCUUAGAUCUUCCAUUAUGUAGUUGUUCGUUCCGUUUCGUUCCGUUCCGUUCUGUAAAUGUCUCAAACGUCUAGCAAUUGAAUUCAAAAAGCUACGUCUUCAACCUGUCCAAGUACCUGACUCUCUGAAAUCCAAGAAGAUACUAUGCAUGUAUAUAGCUUAACUUUGACUCCUCUGUCGCUCAAAACUAGCUUUCUGUUACUCGAAACUCGUUUGUUCGUUUGUUAUCAACUGAAAUUCUACGGGUGCAAUAUGAAUUUAUACCAACUUAAGGACUCGAACAAUCAGGCAAACAGGCUUCAAGACCAGUUCCCAGUCGUAGGAGAUCCAAGUACAAAGUCAUAAUCACUGCAAUUGUUGGCUAGCUAAUUAGCCCAUCCUCCAUUACGUUCUUUGAACUACAUAUAUACCAAUAUAGCAAUAUGAAUAGGGUGAAUUUUAAUUGUACUUGUCAGACAGCCGAAAGUUAGGAAAUGCGGCAGCUUAAUGAAUUAAUCCCUCAAAAGGCUCGCCCAUCCACUUCUGUACCACUCUACAUGUAUGCUUAUGAUGGCUAAGCUCCUCCGAUUCCGAUUUUGCAAUAAUUAAUGUGUGCAAUUAGGAUUGAUUGCCCCGCCCCCACAAGGUCGGCGAAUAAAUCGAGUAGAAGAAUGGGGCUCUAAUGCGGGAAAAACUAAUAACAAUGGCGAGACGUCAGUUUAAUGGAUGAGUAGGAACAAGCCAUGGCAAAAUGUUGCUCAUUGUUUUCAAAAAACAAACAAAGCGAAAUGGAUGGUCCAAGGGAUGGUUAGGUGGGGAGGGAACAGAGAUGGGGGAAUUUCAAACAAAUGGCAAUUAUUAAUAUUGAAUAUGGUAGCGCAUAAGUGACAUACAUAGCUCAUAGAGUCCUCGUUGUGUCUGUAUCCGUGUAUCGGUGUAUUGGUGUGUAAGCAUGUCUAGUCUAAGUGUACAUGUAAAUGCAUUAUCCUUAAGCAUUAUCCUUAAGCUCCGAGCAAGAUGAUUAAACUCAAUUGAUUGCCAUGCAUACUAGGCUAAGCUGCAACUGCAAACGGCAAACGGCAAACCUAGAUUUAUAUAUUGAGUGUACUAUACUGUAACUACCAUAUACAAACUACGCAAGGAGAUUAAAAAGCGACAACUAAGACG